AUCUUUCUUCAGAUUUAUAUAUAUAAAUCUAUAUUCACAAUGAAAAAGACCAACACACCCCUCCCACCUCCAACAGCUUCUGCUGGUGGUCAACAACAACAAUACGGACAACCAGCACCAGGUCAAUACGGACAACCACAACCUGGCCAAUAUGGACAACCAGCACCCGGUCAAUACGGACAACCACAACCUGGCCAAUACGGCCAACUAGCACCCGGUCAAUACGGCCAACCACAACCUGGUCAAUACGGACAACCAGCACCCGGUCAAUACGGUGCUCCUCCUCCAGGUCAAUACGGUGCUCCUCCUCCUGGUCAAUAUCCACCUGCUGGCCAGUACCCACCACCUCAACAGCCAGGUCAAUACGGUGCUCCUCCUCCUGGUCAAUAUCCACCUCCAGGACAAUACCAACAACCUGGACAGUAUGGACCUCCUCAACCACAACAGCCAGGUCAAUACGGUGCUCCAGGACAAUAUCAACAGCCCGGACCAUAUGGACCUCCCCAACCACAACAGCCAGGUCAAUACGGUGCUCCCCCUCCAGGCCAGUAUCCACCUGCUGGUCAAUACGGUGCCCCUCCUCCAGGCCAGUAUCCACCUGCUGGUCAAUACGGUCAACCAGCCCCACCUCCAUCUGCUGGUGGAGGCGUCAGUUUGGUUAAGUUCUUUGACCACGUCAAGCACAGAUACGCUAGAGACUACACUCUCAUCAUUGACAAGAGUGGCAGUAUGGCAGGAUCACUGUGGACUCAGGCAUCACAUGCAGUCUCCAAGAUUGCCCCUUUCGCCUGCCAAGCCGAUCCUGACGGAAUCUCAGUUUACUUCUUCUCGUCGCCCUCAGCACGCCACCCCAAGUAUGACAACAUUCGCGAUGGCCAGACUGUGAUUGGUCUUUUCCAACGAGAGAAGCCCAGCGGAACGACAGACCUGUACGGUGUUUUGAAGCAGGCAAUCGAUGCUCACUUUGCCAACGGCAACAAGCCCGAGACGAUCUUGGUCAUCACCGAUGGUAUACCCAACAACGAGAGUGAUGUCAAACGAUUGAUCAUCAACACAGCCAACAGACUGACUCGUGAUGAGGAUCUGUCAAUCUCAUUCAUUCAGAUUGGACGUGACAAGAGUGCAACAGUCUUCUUGAAGAGUCUCGACGACUAUCUCACUUCGCAAGGUGCCAAGUUUGACAUUGUAGACACUCUCACUGUCGAAGAGAUGAACAGCAUGUCAUUUGAGCAGAUGAUUGAAAAGUCAAUAUCAGAUUAA